ACAGGACAUCCGAAAUGCUGGGAGGGAUUUUCCACGCGAUGGAGCACCACAGCCACUGGAGGAGCCACAAGAUCACGCACAGGUAUGAGAGCUUGGCCGCAGAGAUCGCAUUCAACAGCUCCGGGAUCGUCAAAUCUAUGGAGCUCUUCGGGGAUUACGUCGCGCGGCAGCUCGGGCUGCGCAAGGGGAGCGCCAUUGCUCGGCGCCUGGCCGAGGUCGCGAUGGAUUACCUCGCCGGGGACAAGAGCAGCUCAGAUCACAGCCUGGAAGGAAUCCUCGUCUUCCUCAGCAAGGUUGGCGCCGAUCCAGACGACGAGGCGGUGAUGCUGGACUUGCAUCGCGAGAUCGUCCGGGAGCUGGACGCUUGCAUGAUCUCCUACUUCGCCUUCCACUGGCACCACCCCUCGCAGCUCCUGGAUCAGGUCCGCGACGGCCAUAGCCGCCCUGGGAUGAGGAGGAAUUCGCUCCGGCACGCCGUCCUGGCCGCGACCAGGAAGGAGAGGUUCCAGAAGAUCAUGGCCGGGCUCAGGGCCAAGAGGACGAUCUCGACGCUGCUCGAGACGCUCAAGGCGAUGGGAUCGAUCUCCAAGGAUUCGAGAGUUCCCAGGGAAGGCGAGGUUGUGGUUCCAGCGGAAUCAAAGCACCGGAGCCCGGUUCUUCUGUUCAUCGGGGGUGGAAUGGGAGCCGGGAAGAGCACGGUGGUGAAAGAGAUCCUCGCUGGUUCUUUCUGGUCGGGCGUGGUCCAGGACACGGUGGUGGUGGAAGCCGAUGCUUUCAAAGAGACGGACGUGGUGUAUAGAACGAUAAGUUCGUCGGACCGUGGCGAUGGUGGUGAUAUCGCCAUGGCUUCCGAGCUCGUCCACAGCUCCUCGACGAUGGCGGCGUCGUCGCUGCUCGUCUCGGCGCUCAACGAUGGUAGGGACGUGAUCUUCGACGGGACGAUGAGUUGGGAGCCGUUUGUAGCGCAGACUAUCGCCAUGGCCAGAGAUGUUCACAACCGGAGAUACAGGAUGGGACCAGGAUAUGUGAAGUCCGAGGAUGGAACUGUGGUCGAGGAGUACUGGGUUCCGGUUGAUCCAGAGGAGGAAGAACAGGGAGAAAAACAAGAUCAGGGACAGGAACUCAAGAACUUCGAAGAACAGGAACGAGAACUUGAUCCGGAAAAGCGAGAACUUGGCAAUGCCAGUAGCGAGAAGUUCGCUCGAAAAAACAGGAGACCAUACAGGAUCGAAUUGGUGGGAGUGACUUGUGAGCCGGUUCUAGCCGUGGAACGGGGCAUCCGCCGUGCUAUAAUCACCAAGAGAGCGGUUCCGAUCAAAGGCCAGCUGCGAUCACACAAACUCUUCGCAGGAUCAUUGGAGAAGUACUGCGAGCUGGUGGACAACGCGAAGAUCUACACGACCAACAAAGUCGGGGAGCCAGCGGAACUUAUCGGCUGGAAGGACGAUCUCAGCCGCUGCAGCAAGCUGUUGGUGGAUCCGGCAGCGUUCCAAUCCGUGAAGAAGCUGGCCGGGAUCAACGAGAACGCGGGCAGCAUUCUUGAGCUCUUUGCGGGGUCGCGGGAUGAUCCAAGUGAUGAUCUGGCUGCUAGCGCUUGGAGUGGGAUCAUCUUUUCUCCAGAGAGAGCCUCCAGGCAGGAUCGUUUGAGACGAUUGCUUGCGAGUGUCAAAGACUCAGCGCUGGAAUCAUCGCCAGACUCGAGCUCCCAUGGUUCGAGCUAAUCGAGGAAGAAAUGGUAUGUAUACUCGUAUUUGUGUAACAUUUCGUUUGCUAAUGAUAUUUAAAAAUUUGAA